ACAGUUGUUUUGAUUCACGAGUUUCACGACGCUUGUAUGUAUGCUUAACUUCCUUUUUUGUAGAAAUCUCCUAGUGGCAUCCCAUAACGUUGACUCUCGUAAUUCAACCACAACGUUAAAAUGUCAGGAGGUUUAGACGUAUUAGCACUUAAAGAAGACGAUGUUACUAAAAUGUUGGCUGCCGGCACCCAUCUGGGUGCCGAAAACGUCAACUUCCAAAUGGAACAGUAUGUCUACAAGAAAAGAGUUGAUGGUGCAGGUGUAAAUGUCAUCAAUCUUCGUCAUACCUGGGAGAAGCUAUUGCUCGCAGCUCGUGCCAUCGUCGCUAUUGAGCAUCCUAGCGAAGUUUUUGUCAUUAGUUGCCGUCACUCAGGUCAAAGGGCCGUUCUGAAAUUUGCGGCUCACACUGGCGCCACUCCUAUCGCUGGACGGUUCACUCCAGGUGCAUUCACCAACCAAAUCCAGGCCGCCUUCCGUGAACCGCGCUUACUGAUCGUCACAGAUCCAUCUACUGACCAUCAGCCUAUUACUGAAGCGAGCUACGUGAAUAUUCCAGUCAUCGCUUUCUGCAACACCGAUUCGCCGCUGCGGUUCGUGGACAUUGCAAUUCCCUGCAACACUAAAAGCUUGCAUACCGUUGGUUUAAUGUGGUGGCUGCUUGCCAGAGAAGUACUGCGCCUGAGAGGAUCCAUCCCGCGCGAAACCAAAUGGGAUGUCGUGGUCGAUCUCUUCUUCUACAGAGAUCCCGAAGAGGCAGAGAAGGAGGAACAGGCCGCGAAGGAGAUCGCGCCGGUGAAAGAAUUCACGGGCCCGGUGGAGACAGCUCCCGCACCGGAACCUGGCUGGGUGAACGAGGUCGAGACCACCGUCGUAGCAACCGAGAACUGGGCCGAUGACGUAGCACCGCCAGCAGCCACCGCCGCUGUUCCUGCACCAGGCGCCACGCAGUCAUUUCCAGCCAGCGGUGAUUGGGCUGCUCAGCCUCCGGAAGAGUGGACAACACCAGUGGCAACUGCCGCUGCUCAAAGCUGGGGAGGUGCAACCAGCGAAAAGUGGUAAUUUUGUGUUUAACAUCCUGAAAACAAUGCACUUUGUACGAUGUGUGUAACAGAUUUGAAAUAAAAAACUGAAACAAAACUA